ACUCACUCACUCACUUUCAACGCUGGCUCGUACUUUCAAUCCUUUCAGUCUCUCGUUAUGUGCUGUAGCGGCCCCAAAUGGAAGCGAGAAGUCGUUCCAGACCACAAGUUCGACUUUGUCGAUACCUCUGAAUUCACAGACAAUGGCUUCUUCAUGCGUCUCAAGUAUCUCUUCCUCUACCUCGUUGUCCUCAAGUCAUUCCUCGUCUACAUGUCCGAUAUCUUCACCGCCGUAACCAUGAUUUCUUCCAACUCUUGGUCAAAUGAAAUCUUCGAUCGUUGUGCCAAAAAAGAGUCUGGUCCAGAAUGCGUCGCUAUCCCGUUCGAAAUAGGAAAAUGGCUUUUCGUAGGCUGUAUCAUCUUUUCAUUCCUCUUGCUUGGAUACGAGUCCUGGAAGGCCAAAAGAAUCAUCAAUAGUAGGGAUAUAUCAUACGCCUUUACCAAUGUCCUCGCCAACAAUUAUUACUCUCUCCGUUCCUACAAUCACUUUUGCUUCUUUGACCACAUAAGCAACUCCACAAAGACCAGUGACGAUUUCGCUUUCUUCGUCUUCUUCGUCUUCAAGAGCUGGAAGCGUGUCCUCUUAGCGGAUGGCCCUCGCCAGACCAUCAAUGCCCUCACACUCUAUGCUGUUUUCCUCGCUCACAAGGGCGACAAGGACAAUAAUGGCGACUUGCGUCCCUGGUACGAUGUCUCCAAAUAUUUCGAGGACAACGACAACUUUACAACUUCUGCCCUCACUGCGUCUACCUUCUUCACUGUCACAAUAUUCGCCGGCUCCCUACUCCUUCUUAUCGUCGCCGGAGUUUGCUACGUUCCUUUACUCAUGCACAUUCGAGGAAAUUUGAAGGAAUACUGUUGUCACAAGGUUGACAAGCGUAUCAGCGCUGUCAUCAAACGUCGGCAGAAACAACGUCUCGCCGACGCUGCCAAGUUGGCACAGAAGGAAGCGAUGGGUGAUUAUUCUCAUCUGAAGAACAAGAAGGGUGAACUCGUUGGCAAACCACUACCUCAACCUACCCUUCCAAACCUCUCUGUCGACGACGAUUUCGAUGACGCUUCCUCCAUGCACACUAGAGGUCCCCCCCCUAGUACCUAUACCCAAGACCAGUUUUACUUCAACAACAUGGAUAGGGGUGGUGCCUAUCCCCCACCCAUGCCUGCCUACAACCCAUACUCCGCUCACCAACCCCCAGGUUCGAGUGCACAUUUCAACCCCUCUCAACCAUCGUUCGGUCAUGAAGAUUCAUUAUACAACUAUCCUUACGAAAACGAUAACGAAAGUUCCGCUCACCUUGCGAGUUCUGGCGCUCCGUUCUCGCAGAUAGAUCAACCCGGAACAACGCCGUCGCGAGGAGGACCCAAUGCAAACUACGAUCCUCGUGACGUUUAUCAAGGGCUUGGAACUUCCACUCAAGAUAUGAGACGAGGCCCUUCCCCUCAACCUUCGCAAGUCACUUACGAUGAUGGCUACCACCAUAAUCAUUAUCAUCAGCCGAGCGGCGGUUAUGCCUCUGAUCCUUCCGCAUAUUCACAACCAGACCGUUAUGGUGGCGGGUACCACGGUUACGGGGGUGAUCAACAAUCCGUCUCUGACUAUCGUAGUAGAGGUUAUGAUGGAAGUCACGGAGGUAACGGUAAUGGCGGAUAUGCCAUGUGACUUUUUCCCACUAUCUCUCUGCAGAUUCUGUCGUCGUUCUUUCUUGCGAUUUCUUUUAUGUGUAUGAUAAAUAUAAAGAGUAUUAGACGUCUAACCUCAC